AUGAAAUUCUCAACCGUUAUUUUCUUGAUCGUUGCUCUUUUGGCUUCAAUUGCAUUCUCUGCUCCUUCCGAAUUCAAAAGGGAUGAUGACUUUAAAAAAGUUUGUAAAGACAUCGUAUUUAAAAAACCUGUCGAUGGUAUCAUUUAUAAGAUUAAUAGCACCCAAGUCGCAGAUUUU